AAACGAAGGGCCCCAAAACCUAAACCCUAAUUUGCUUGCUGCGCUUGCGAUUAUGGCGUCGGAUAGCGCUUCUCGAUCGAGUUCCGCGGCCGAUUCCUACAUUGGGAGCUUGAUAAGCUUGACCUCCAAGAGUGAGAUCAGAUACGAAGGUAUUCUGUAUAACAUCAACACAGAAGAGUCCAGUAUUGGCCUCAGAAAUGUGCGAUCUUUUGGAACAGAGGGAAGGAAAAAGGAUGGUCCACAAAUUCCUCCAGGUGACAAGAUUUAUGAGUAUAUACUUUUCCGCGGGACUGACAUCAAGGAUUUACAGGUCAAAUCUUCUCCACCUGUCCUCCCUACUCCACAAGUCAACAAUGACCCAGCUAUUAUUCAGUCUCAUUAUCCUCGCCCAGCUACCACAUCUACAAGUUUGUCUUCUGCUGCGAGUGGGUCUUUGAGUGAUCUUAGUUCUCAUACAACACAGCUUGGACUUCCUGGGUCAAAUUUUCAAGGGCUUCAAGGGCCUUUGCCUUUGUAUCAGCCUGGAGGGAACAUAGGGUCAUGGGGAGCUUCUCCACCUGCACCAAAUGCAAAUGGUGGCCUUGCUAUGCCAAUGUAUUGGCAAGGAUAUUAUGGUGCCCCAAACGGGCUUCCUCAUUUACACCAACAAUCUUUGCUUCGACCACCACCUGGUUUAGCAAUGCCUUCAUCUAUGCAGCAGUCAAUGCAGUAUCCCAAUUUUAGUCCCUCUUUACCAACUAUAUCUUCUAAUUUGCCAGAAUUGCCAUCAGGCUUGCUACCUGUGAAUACCAGUACCCCUAGUAUAACAUCUGUUUCUUUACCUCCAUCAAAUCUGUCAUCUGCUUUGCCUCCAGCACCUUCUGCUUUGCCUCCUGCACCUUCUGCUACACUAGCUUCUGAAAUAUUGCCAGUAUCAUUAACAAACAAGGCACCAAAUGUUUCGACGUCAGCAGUCAUGCUAGCUGCUAACUUACCGUCACUGACUCCAUUUUCCAAUUCUGGUCCAGAUAUAAAUGCUAUGGUGCCACCUAUCUCCAGUAAACCUAAUGCAAUUUCUGGUUCAAGCUUGCCAUAUCAAACUGUAUCCCAGUUGUCUCCUGCUAUUGUUGGAUCAUCAAAUUCUAUCCGUACAGAAGCACCCGCCCCUUCUCUGGUAACCCCAGGUCAAUUAUUGCAGCCUGGACCAACUAUAGUUUCUUCAGCUCAGCCUUCACAGACAACACAUAAGGAUGUUGAAGUGGUUCAGGUAUCAUCAACAUCAUCUCUUGAGCCAUCUCUGCCAGGUUCUGCUGAAACUCAACCACCAAUACUGCCAUUUCCAGUAACUACACAGUCCAGUCACAGGCCUGGUGGAGCUUCUAUCCAAACUCAUCAUGGAUAUGGCUAUAAUUAUAGAGGACGUGGAAGAGGAAGAGGAAUUGGGGGUUUGCGCCCUGUCACGAAAUUCACUGAAGAUUUUGAUUUCAUGGCAAUGAAUGAGAAAUUCAAAAAGGAUGAAGUUUGGGGUCAUCUUGGUAAAAGCAGCAAGUCUCAUUCAAAAGAGAAAGAUGGGGAAGAUAAUGCCUUUGAUGAAGAUUACAGUCAGGACGAAGACAAUGACGAUUUAUCAAAUUUCGAGGUUAAGGCUGUUUAUAACAAGGAUGAUUUCUUUGACUCACUUUCUUCCAAUGUGCAUGAUAAUGUUUCACAGAAUGGAAGGACUAGAUAUUCUGAACAAAUUAAGAUUGAUACCGAGACAUUUGGUGAUUUUGUGAGGCACCGUGGUGGUCGGGGAGGCCGUGGUCCUGGACGUGGUGGACGUACUCGAGGUGGUUAUUAUGGAAGGGGGUAUGGCUAUUAUUCUGGAAGAGGAAGGGGCCGCGGAAUGCCCAGUCGCAGUUCUUAGGUGGUAGUUAGUGUUUUGUUAGGUCAUGGUGGGUAACAAGAGCCAAGGCUGCCUCCAAUUAAAGCACCGUAAUUAUCUUAGAGACCAUGCUUCAUUGUUGUGUUUCCUCCAUUAUGUUUGUUUCACAGAAUAAGUAUAGGACAUUUUUUCUUGUUACUCCUCUACCAUAGGCACUUUGGUUUGGUGGAAAGAUGUUUGUACACCAUCUUAUUUCAGCUUUAUAUCAACAAGGCAGAAGUUUAGACUAGUUUGUUUGCAGUAUAUAUUGUUCCAAUUAGCUAGUCAUCAA